CGACGGGAGGAUGUCAGCGCGUGGAGGGGCGUGCGUCGCCCCCCUUCCUCCCCCGCCCGCGCCCCCCGCCCUGGGGGACCCCGCGCCCAGGGGAAGCCCCACGCGGGGUGCCGGACGCCCGCCCCAGUCCCUCCGCCUCCCCGAGGCCCGGGGCUGCCUCCUCGGGCCGCGCUGGGGCCGCCCCGCACUGCGCAUGAGCGGGAGCCCGGCAAGCCCGUGAGAGGAGCCGCCGCCGCCGCCGCCGUCCAUUCGCUGCGGAGCCGGAGGAGGAGGGGAGAGGCCUGGAGGACACCAACAUGAACAAGUUGAAAUCAUCGCAGAAGGAUAAAGUUCGUCAGUUUAUGAUCUUCACACAAUCUAGUGAAAAAACAGCAGUAAGUUGUUUGUCUCAAAAUGACUGGAAGUUAGAUGUUGCAACAGACAAUUUUUUCCAAAAUCCUGAGCUUUAUAUACGAGAGAGUGUAAAAGGAUCAUUGGACAGGAAGAAGUUAGAACAACUAUACAAUAGAUACAAAGAUCCUCAAGAUGAAAAUAAAAUUGGAAUAGAUGGUAUUCAGCAGUUCUGUGAUGACCUGGCACUCGAUCCCGCCAGCAUCAGUGUGUUGAUCAUUGCAUGGAAGUUCAGAGCAGCAACACAGUGUGAGUUCUCCAAACAAGAGUUCAUGGACGGAAUGACAGAGUUAGGAUGUGACAGCAUAGAAAAGCUAAAGGCCCAGAUACCCAAGAUGGAACAAGAACUGAAAGAGCCAGGACGAUUUAAGGAUUUUUACCAGUUUACUUUUAAUUUUGCAAAGAAUCCAGGACAAAAAGGAUUAGAUCUAGAAAUGGCCAUUGCCUACUGGAAUUUAGUGCUUAAUGGAAGAUUUAAAUUCUUAGACUUAUGGAAUAAAUUUUUGUUGGAACAUCAUAAACGAUCCAUACCAAAAGAUACUUGGAAUCUUCUUUUAGACUUCAGUACAAUGAUUGCAGAUGACAUGUCUAAUUAUGAUGAAGAAGGAGCAUGGCCUGUUCUUAUUGAUGACUUUGUGGAAUUUGCACGCCCUCAAAUUGCUGGGACAAAAAGUACAACAGUGUAGCACUAAAGGAACCUUCUAGAAUGUACAUAGUCUGUACAAUAAAUACAACGGAAAAUUGCACAGUCAAUUUCUGCUGGCUGGACUGAACUGAAGAUCAAUCCUCACAAUUCAGACUGAGGGUUGUGUCAAAACUUUAAGGAUACAUCUUGGACCAUAUCGUAUUUCAUUCUUCUAAUGGUGGUUUGGGCUUGUCUUCUAGUCUGGGCCGCUCUAAACAUUUAUAAUUCCAACAUUGUGGAUUUCAUCUUAUAUCUGUGGACCAUCCUAGUUUAUUCUCCCAUAAGUCUUAGAAGCUUUAUGGUGAUUAUUUUGAGGUUUCCAUUCUUGCAUAAAGCACAAUGCUGUCUUCAUCAGAAAACAGUUUGGCAUAAGAAUUAAACAUAUGAACAUCACAAAAAAUUUAUAAAAACUUCUUAAAUAUAUGCUUUGGGCUAGUUGCAAAGACUAUGCUGAUAGCACUUCCAAUAAGAGUGAUAUAUUUAAGUGUACCAGAUCUGGAAUGGUGUUUGGUUUGGGGGGAUUUUUUUUUUUUCCUGGCAAAUCACAUGUAUUGUUGAUGUGAGUAGAGUAACUGAUGUCAAAAUAACCAACGUGAGAAAUUUUUAGGAUAACUUGGUGUGCCUACCUGAAAAUUUUAUUGUGUUUCAGACCCUCAAUUUCAAAGGUUCCACAGAACUAGUCUGCACUUACCUUACCCAUGUUUAUAUAUAGUUGUCUUACAGGGAACUUUUAUUUAGGAAAUGUCUGCAUAAUGUUAGAUUCUACUCCUGUCUACAUUAUGCACUACAUAAUUGGCUUUCAUUAUGAUUUUGAAAUGCUUAUAUGCCUGUCGAAUAAGUUAAACUAUUUAAUUUGUUUUGAAUGUUUUAGAUUGCCACACAAUACAAUAUUCUAAAUUUAGGCAUGAGGGUUUAUUUUUGUUUUGUUUUGGUUUUUUUGUUUGUUUGUUUUUGUCAGCACACUAUGGAACACAAAUGAAAUUCUCUUAAUUUAUAAGAAGAUAGUAGGAAUUAAAUUUUGAAAAUGGUCAUGAUGAGCCAUGAAGUUCAAUCCUUAUAGGUACUGCUUUCAGACAAAUAGUCCAUUUUUGAUGACUUCUUAUUUUGUUGAAAUUGCUUUAACUGCUAAUCACUGUGGUUGCCAAAUACUUCAGGAGCAAAAAUUUUCAAGCAAGCAUGUACUUGAUGCAAAAUACCAAUCUGGUUUUUAUUCUUGUAUAUUAUUUAGUUUCUUCACUUUUUUUGUUUCAUUCGAAUUAGCUCAGUUUUCACAUCAAAGCAGAAUUCUAUCUUGUAUGUAUUUUUUUCAUUACAAGACCCACGAACUGCUUUCAUGCUGAAAAUGCCUCAUUUCUUUGUUCACUUCCUGACAUGUGAAGGGUUUCUUACUUUCUUAAACAUUUCUGUAAGGCAAGUAAAAAAA